CUGUCAUGGCCUGCGGCAACCCCGUGCCUAAACUCUAUAGAGCUGUAAUUGAAGAUGUAAUCGAAGGAGUGCGAGAUCUCUUUGCUGAAGAAGGUGUAGAGGAACAAGUUUUAAAAGACUUAAAGCAGCUCUGGGAAACAAAGGUUUUGCAGUCUAAAGCCACAGAAGACUUCUUCAGAAGUAGUACCCAUUCGCCGGUGUUCACCCUUCAGUUGCCAAACAACUUGCACCCAGCAUCACAGUCAUCACCAGCAUCAUUAGUUAUUCCUGCUGAUCGACCUCUUCCCGGUUUUACUACAACAGAAAUGGGCACCUCAAACUCAAGUGCAGGCUUCACUUUUCCUGGUUAUCCUAUUCAUGUGCCAGCGGGUGUGACCCUGCAGACUGCUUCUGGUCACCUUUAUAAAGUCAGUGUACCCAUUAUGGUGACACAGACUUCUGGGAGAGCUAGUAUUCUUCCUCCAAUUCCGCAAGUAUUUCAGCAGCUGGGACAGCCUUCCGUGAUACAGACCAGUGUUCCACAAGUGAACCCAUGUUCUCUCCAAGCAACUACUGAAAAACCACAGAGAAUAGAAACUGUGCUCCCGCAGCCUCCAGUUCUUCCUUCUGGGCCAGUGGAUAGGAAACAUUUCGAAAAUGCCACCGGCGAUAGACUCGUGUCGCCUGGAAAGGAGCGAGAGCCCAGGCCUGAAGCUUUGUUGAGGCCGCAGGAAAGCUCCCCACGGGCCAGUGCCCCUGGUGUUGCGUCUCCUCCGCAGGUCUCCCAGACGGGUGGCCCUGCAGGGCCGGCGCUCGGUGUGUCAGCCAGCGGGACUCAAAAUCUGAGCGGCAGGCCCCUCUCCGCUGGCCGACGGGGGGCCCAGCACCAGCCUGUGUCUGAUACUCCGCUUCAUGUUCUUAAAAAUAGGAUGUUUGGAUGCGAUUCUGUACAGCAGCCGAGACAUACAGAGGAGCCCAGCAGCCUCCCUGUCUCAGAGAAGGAUUCCAAUUCUCAGAGGGAUUUAAGCAGUCAGGUAACUGAUGAUGAUAGUAAUGAAAUAAUUCAAAUAGAUGGAACUGGUGAUGCAUCUUCCAAUGAUGAAAUAGGAAGUACAAGAGAUGUAGAUGAGAAUGAAUUUCUAGGGAUUAUUGAGGCAGGGGACCUGAAGGUACUUGAAGAAGAAGCUGACAGUGAAGAUUCAACUGCCAACAGCAGUGAUAAUGAAGACCCUCAAACAGACAUUGUAGAAGAGGACCCUUUAAAUUCUGGAGAUGAUGUUAGUGAGCAGGAUGUGCCAGACCUGUUUGACACGGAUAAUGUGAUUGUCUGCCAGUAUGACAAGAUUCAUCGAAGCAAGAACAAAUGGAAAUUCUAUUUGAAAGAUGGUGUUAUGUGUUUUGGAGGGAGAGACUAUGUGUUUGCAAAAGCCAUUGGUGAUGCAGAGUGGUAAAACCUAGGAACUCAAUACACCAUAAACAUCAAUAGGACGUCAAACUUAUUUUUAUUUUAAAUAUAAUCCAGUACUGAGCUACUCAAAUUUUUAGUUCACUUUAUAGAAUUUAAUAAAAUUAUAAUUCAGAUGCAGAUACAAA